CAACACUGCAGGAGUGAGAGAGCGAAAGAGGAAGUGAGAGAGCGAUUCUUCUUCUACUGAAGAUUUCUCUCGGCUUCGAAAGAUUUGUGAAACUUGUUAAAAAGCAAAGCUUUUAACUUCUUUGUGAAAAUUCAUAUGGACGACAGCUUUACUCAGUUGACUGAUGAUUUGCUCAUCAAAAUCUUGUCCUUUGUCCCAAUCAAAGAUGCCGUUACUACGAGCCUUUUGUCUAAAAGAUGGCUGUCUCUUUGGACAUUGUUGCCACGGCUUAACUUUGAAGAUCGCUGGGUGGAUGAUCACCAUUCGAAUAGAAUUCUACGCACGUUGUCUUCGGAUUUCAUCUUUCCCACGUUGCUGUUGCAGAUCGAGUUUUGGGUUCGAUUUGCAGUUGAUCGUUUUGUGCGUUGUCUGAAGAUAGAUUUUAGCUAUCUCGAUUACCAUUGCCUUAUAAGAUUGCCGAGUAUACUGUUUAGAUGUGAAACACUCGAGACCUUGAAACUCAUCAAUGUGACUUUUUUGGAAGUUCCUUCUCGUGUUAGCUUUCAUUCCCUCAAGAAGUUGAUGCUUAUGUCUGUGAGGUACCCAGACGAGGAAUCUUUCAUCAGGCUUAUCUCCGCUUCCCCUGUGCUUGAAGAUUUGUGGGUAGACUGUUGUAAGGACGACAAUGUGGAGACUUUCACCAUUGAUGUGCCUUCCCUUUUGAGUUUAACCGUUUGGAACAAUAGUGAGGAUCAUUAUAAGCGGUUUGUUAUACAUUCUCAUUCUUUGAACAAGUUGGAUAUUGUAGAGAAGCAGGGUGAAGUUAAUUUGAUCAGUGAUAUGCCCGAGCAGAGUGAAUUACCCUGUAGAUUUUUGAAACUAACCUAAUGACUAUCGUUGUUUUGAGUAGGCCUGGGCAAAAAACCCGGACCCGAUACCCGAACCGAUACCCGGACCGAAAAAAUCGGGUUGGGGCGGGUUAGGGUAUUAGAAAAUUACCUCAUUGGGUAGAGUAUUGGAUUACCCGUGGGUAUCAGGUCGGGUCGGGGAUUACCCGUUACCCAUUUAGGGUACCCACAAAUCCGAAGAAAUACA